AUGGGUGUUUCCCUUCUUACAUCACUCAAAAUCUCAGUGUUCUUUGUGUCAUUGAAUAUAUUUUGCAUUUUUGAGCUUGCACUAGCGGGCACUGCCAGACACUACCAUUUCCAUAUAAGGUACAAAAAUGUGACAAGAUUGUGCCACACAAAGAGCAUAGUGACAGUGAAUGGCGAGUUUCCAGGACCUCGCAUUGUAGCAAGGGAGGGAGAUCGUCUUAUUAUCAAAGUGACAAAUCAUGUGCAGAACAACAUCACCAUUCACUGGCAUGGCAUUCGACAGCUUCAAUCAGGGUGGGCUGAUGGACCAGCGUAUGUGACUCAGUGUCCCAUCCAAAGUGGUCAAAGUUAUGUUUACAAUUACACCAUUGUUGGGCAGAGAGGCACUCUCUUUUGGCAUGCUCACAUUUCAUGGUUAAGAUCAACUCUAUACGGUCCUCUCAUCAUUCUUCCCAACCGCAAUGCUCAAUAUCCUUUUGCAAAGCCACACAAGGAAGUUCCGAUCAUAUUUGGAGAAUGGUGGAAUGCAGAUCCUGAGGCAGUCAUAACCCAAGCCUUGCAAACCGGUGGAGGGCCAAAUGUCUCUGAUGCCUACACAAUUAAUGGACUUCCAGGGCCAUUAUAUAACUGCUCUGCCAAAGACACAUUCAAGCUGAAGGUGGAGCCAGGGAAAAUUUACCUUCUACGAUUGAUCAAUGCAGCACUGAAUGAUGAGCUAUUCUUCAGCAUUGCAAACCACAGCCUCACAGUUGUUGAAGCAGAUGCAAUUUAUGUGAAACCUUUUGUGAGCAACACCAUCCUUAUGACCCCUGGCCAAACCACAAAUGUUCUUCUAAGGACCAAGUCUCACUACCCCAAUGCCACAUUCCUAAUGACUGCUAGACCAUAUGCCACUGGCUUGGGCACUUUUGACAGCUCAACUGUUGCUGCCAUAUUGGAAUAUAAAAUGCCUCCUAAUGUUCAUCAUUCAAGUGCUUCACAAAAAAAGCUUCCACUCCUCAAACCUGUUCUUCCUGCACUCAAUGACACUUCUUUUGCAACAAAUUUCACCAACAAACUCCGCAGCCUAGCAAGUGCUCAGUUUCCAGCUAAUGUACCCAAGAAAGUUGAUAGGCACUUUUUCUUCACAGUAGGACUUGGUACAAGUCCCUGCAAGCAAAACCAAACAUGCCGGGGACCUAAUGGAACAAUGUUUUCAGCAUCAGUGAACAAUGUUUCUUUUACACUCCCAACCACAGCACUUCUUCAAGCCCACUUCUUCGGACAAUCCAAAGGGGUUUACUCUCCUGACUUUCCAAGCAAACCAUUGAUUCCGUUUAACUAUACUGGCACCCCGCCAAACAACACCAUGGUGAGCAAUGGGACAAAGGCUGUGGUUCUUCCCUUCAACACAAGUGUAGAGCUUGUGAUGCAAGACACUAGCAUUCUUGGUGCAGAAAGUCACCCUCUUCAUUUGCAUGGCUUUAACUUCUUUGUUGUAGGACAAGGUUUUGGUAACUUUGAUCAAAAUAAGGACCCUUCAAACUUCAAUCUUGUUGAUCCCAUUGAAAGGAACACAGUUGGUGUCCCAUCCGGAGGAUGGGUUGCUAUCAGAUUCUUAGCUGAUAAUCCAGGAGUAUGGUUCAUGCAUUGUCACUUAGAAGUGCACACAAGCUGGGGUCUUAAGAUGGCAUGGGUUGUUUUGGAUGGAAACCUCCCAAAUCAAAAGCUGCUUCCACCGCCAAAGGAUCUUCCCAAGUGUUAA